AUGUCGGCCACUUUAUUCUGUCUUAUCAAAGGAAACACGACCGCGAAUGCUUUUGAAGUUGAUAUUGAGAAGGGCAAGUCUAUUAGCAAACUCAAGGAGGCUGUCAAAGCGAAAAACAGGCAGGCUUUUGCUAAUGUCGACGCCAAAGAUCUCAAGUUAUGGAAGGUCGAAAUCCCUGACGAUCGCGAUUCUGAGUUAGCAAACCCCGCACUAGACGACGAACUUCUGGCAACUCGAGACGUAGGAGAUUACUGGACCAAGAAAUCACCUCCACGUAAAAGGCAUAUCCACGUCAUAGUCGAGCCACCGGAGUUCAUGAAAAGCAUUAACUGUACCGCUUCCUAUGGUCGCAACAAUAUGGUAAAUUUUCGGUGGCCUACAAACCGAGUUAAAACCACACUAGCAGAGCUUAAAUCUCGUCUUCGCACCUGUUUCACUUUUCCUGACGGCACUGAGGACGAGGACGUAACCAUAAGCUGUGAGAUUGGUAGCGGAAAAGAUCGUACAACCACUCGAAUUCUGAACGAUAUGGACUUAGCGAAUAUAAUCUGGGACGAUUCUUUCAAGGGUGAUUUAGUAUUCGUUGUCGAUACGUCGCAACAACCAUUCAGUUCGUGGACUUUUGGAAAGAUGAAGGUUACAUUCGGUCUGUCGGCCGACAGUUAUGAUCAAUUGCCACGUUUCAAGGGUGAAGUAGCGGAAACACCUAAUGAUAUACGAAAAGCGGUUAUCGAAGAGAUUCUGAGAAUGCAUAAGGUAUCCCCUCCAAUCACCAGCGCUAACGAAGCCACCCGAAGUGAAUUUAUAUCAGCUGUCAUUUACGGUGUAUCAUCUAUCUUCGACGGCGAGAUAAAAAUUUAUCCGCAAUACGAAAUUGCUGGGAGUCACGGAAAAGGACCAAUAGAUUGGGUCAUCAUGGUCGGAAAUAUCAUCAUCACGGUAACGGAAGCGAAGCGAGAAGAUAUAAAUCAAGGCAUAGCUCAAAAUACAGUGCAAUUACAGGCUUCAUUGCAACGAAAUCGCAAAAAACGCUCAUAUGAUGAUGCCUUGCAUGAAGAUGUGAUGUAUGGAAUAGUGUCAACGGGAGUCGAUUGGGUCAUUAUCAAGGUUGUCUCAAGCGGGGAAGGAAACGUCGAAGUGUUCCUGAGUUCGCGUUCACCAUAUCCAUUGCCAAUUAAUCAUCCGUCAUUGGAUCACGAUCAGCUUGCGGGGCCACUCCAAGAGAUUUUUGGCCAAAUCAAGUGGGUUUUCGACCAACAAAUAGAAACAAAGGGCAAACAGAAGCGUCAACGUAGGAAUAAUAGUGUCACGGGAUGUGACCCGAUGGCACGAAGUACCGAGCCUUUGAGACCUCUUGCGUAG